AUGUCAAUAUCAGUUGACAGUAACAAUCUUAGUUUUGUUAACGAUUUGAAUAAUGGGAAAGAUAUGUGGAACAUGAAAGCGAGAAUUAUUCGAAAAUGGAAUCAAGGUUAUAAAAUGGAUCUCAUCUUCAUUGAUGAGAAGGGUGCUAAGAUUCAAGUAGGUAUUAAGAGUCAUCUGAUACCUGUUUUUUAUGGACAGCUUCAAGAAGAUGUUGUUGUCAUUUUGUCGAAAUUUGGUGUUGGUGAGAAUAAAGAUUUAUAUAAAGUUGUAGUACAACCUUAUAAAAUCAACUUUUAUAGAUGCACAACUGUUACACCUGUGAGAGAUUGGCAAGGUGUUGAGUAUGGUUUUAACUUCAGAGCUUAUCAAGAUAUUCUUCAAGGAGAGGCGUUAAACUCUUUGAGUGUUGAUUUUGUUGGAUCUGUGGCUUGUUGUGGAGAUCUUGAAUUCUUUGGUCGACCUCCAAAAGAGACUAAGAAGAUCAAUUUCGAUAUUCAAGACUUGGAUUUUGAUAUUAGAGAUUGUAAAAAAAUGUUUAAGGAGUUCAUCUCUAAAAUUCCAGCUCAUGAGCAUGUGAUGGCUGUUAUACAGCAUGGAAAGGUGAAUAUACAGUUCAAAGUGAUAAGUUUGCAACACGAAUGUUUUCUGAAUGAAGAAAUUGAUGAAGUUAAUCAGCUAAGGAGGAGUCUUAUACUGAAGUUUGGACAAGGGAGUGGUUCUACUUCUCAAACAAUACUAUCGUCUCAGAGCGUUUUUCCAUUGCAUAAAGAAUUUGUAACUGAUGGUGUGAGGGAACAUGUUGAUGAGAUUAGUGAGAUAGAAAACAUUUCACAUCUUUUUAUAUGGUUUGGUUAUUUGUUUGGUUUAUCACCUGCAUGUUUGUCAAACUAUAGAUUACAAGUUGAUAUAUUGUUUUUACAGGAAAUGUCUUGUGUUGUGGUUGCGACAAUUAAGAUUGUGCAAGAAGAGUAUGGCUGGUUUUAUCCUGCCUGUCAUAAGUGUUUCAAGAAGGUGAUGGCUAAAAGUGAAUAA